CCAUAAUUCAUUUGACUCAAUGAUAACUACACAAAUGCUGCGAACUCUUACGUGACCUUGUUAAGCACUGACAGCUUGCCACCACCAUGGCGCCCGGGCCAGAGGUGGCUGGCAUUGAUAUCUUUGUCCGUGUUAAGCCUGUACCAAAGCCGUCUCCAAGAUUAGGAAUUGACAACUCGGAAAACAAGGUCGAGUUCAACAUCCCUAGGAAUGAAGCCGCGGGACUCGUGAACAACCAGCGCGAGCAUUUUGAGUUCCGCUUCAACGGAAUCCUCCAGGCUGACGCAAAGCAAGAUGAGGUCUUCGAGCGCGUCGCCCGGCCGGUGGUCAUGGGGGCGAUGGAGGGCUACAACGGCACCAUCUUCGCCUACGGCCAGACGGGCUCGGGAAAGACCUUCACCAUCACGGGAGGCCCGGAGCGCUAUGUGGACCGUGGUAUCAUCCCACGGUCAAUCUCCGCCAUCUUCAGUGAGAUAUCCAAGCGCCAUGACUACCAGUACUCGGUCCACAUCUCCUACCUGGAGAUUUACAACAAUGAGGGCUAUGACCUGCUGGACGCAGAGCGCGAGAUCAAAGCGCUGGAGGACCUUCAGCAGGUGCACGUGGGCGAGGGCGAGGACGGCACGGUGAGCUACCGCAACCUGUCCAUGUACCGCGCCAACAACGAGGAGGAGGCGCUCAACCUGUUGUUCCUGGGUGACACCAAUCGCACCAUCAGCGAGACGCCCAUGAACCAGGCUUCAUCGCGAUCACACUGCAUCUUCACCAUCCACGUGGAGGCACGCAAGACGGGCGAGGACGUGGUACGGCGCUCCAAGCUCAAUCUGGUGGAUCUGGCGGGAAGUGAGCGCGUGAGCAAGACCGGCGUGGACGGCACCACCCUUCGGGAGGCCAAGUACAUCAACUUGUCACUACACUACCUGGAGCAGGUCAUCAUCGCGCUGCAGGAGAAGUCCAUGGGCAUGAACAGGCCGCACAUCCCCUACCGCAACAGCAUGAUGACCAUGGCGCUGAAGGACUCGCUGGGCGGCAACUGCCGCACGGUCAUGGUCGCCACCAUCAACAGCGCGCAGGACCAACUGGACGAGUCCAUCUCCACGUGCCGCUUCGCGCAGCGCGUGGCCAUGGUCCGAAACACGGUGCUUCUGAACGAGGAGCUGGACCCCAGCCUCAUCAUCCGGCGGUUGAAGCAGGAGCUGCGCGACCUCAAGGAGGAGGUCAAGAUGCUCAGGGGCGAGGAGGAGGAGCGCGGCCCGCUCACGCCAGACGAGCUGGUGCGGCUGCAGGGCCAGGUGGAGACGUACGUGGCGGACAACUCGCCCGAGGCCAGCCUCAACCUGGGCGGCAGCAUGAUGAUGAUCCGGGCCGUGUUCGAGGUCUUCAAGCGCCUGCUGCGAACAGGCGGCUUCAAAAUGGCGGGGUCGGGCGGUGCGGGCGGCAGCGGCAGCGGCGCAGGCGGAGGUGGCGGGGAGCCGGGCACGCCGGGGCGAGCUGGCGGCGCAGGCGAGGGUGGCGGCGGCGGCGGCGACUCGGCUGGGCUGCAGGACCAGGUCCGCAAGCUCAAGCUGCAGGUGGCGCAGCGCGACAACGAGAUCGGCAUCCUGGUGUCCAUGCUAAAGCGCCGCGAGGGCGCAGGCGCCAAGGCCGGCCCCGUCCUCAGCAGCCCCUCCACCUCCAUAAACGGCCCGCCAGUGCCCGGCAUGGGUGCGGCGGCGGCGGCUGGCGGCGCGGGAGGAGGCCUGGGUGCAGGGCCCAGCGGCGUGGAUGGGUCAGGCGCGGGGCCGGGGCCCGGGUCUGCAGCGGCUGCGGGAGGCGGAGGCGGCCCGGCGGACGAGCUGGCUGUGUUGAUGAACACCAACCUACUGGCUGACCGCAACAAGGCCUUUGAGCUGUUCCGGAAGAGCUACCGCCAGAACGAGGUCAUAGAGGAGAACAAGCAGUUGCUCAAAACCAAGUACGACAGCGCCAAGUCGCUGGGCGCCGCGGUGAAUGACUCCAAGGGCCGCAUCAACGAGCUGCGCUCGGCCAUCGAGCAGCGGCGCAUGCAGCGCGGCGCGGCGGCGGUGGCGGCGGGCAUGUCGCCGGAGCAGCUCACAGACGAUGACCCGGAGGAGUCCCGGUGCAAGGAGCUGAUGGAGCAGGAGAAGGCCCGCUACCGCGACGCCUUCAACCAACUGCGGGAGCUGAAGAAGGAAAUUGAGCACCUACACCUGCUGCUGGAGCAGAGCCGCACCCGCCUGCAGCGCGACUUCGAGCAGUGGAUGGGCCUCAUGCUACGGCAGCAGCAGCAACAGCAGCAGCAGGCGGCGGCGGGGUUGCCGCCGUCGGGGCCCAGCCCGGCCAUGUCGCCAAUGCGGCCGUCUGCAGCGGCACAACAACCUGGCAUGCCGCGGCAAGCCUGGGGCGACGCGGGGGCUGCACCAUCGCCAUCCGCCAGCCCGGCGCCUGGGCCUGGGCCCAGCAGCAGCGGCGGCUCGUUAACACGUGGCCCCAGUCCGGGGGGCUCGGCAGCGGCGCCGCCGCCGCUUCCAGGCGCAGGCGGGCAGUGGGCGACGCCGGUGGGGCUCAGAGCAAGUGGGGGCAACAGCCCAGCCCUGGGCUCGCAUGGGUACGGGAACGGGCAUCCUUCAGGCAUGCACGGGUUAGGGCCAGGGCCGGGGCCGGGGCCGGGCAGCGGCGCCGCCAGUCCAGCGGUGACGCGCACCGGCAGCGGUGUGGCGGUGCAGCAGCACGCCGCAGCGCACUCGAGUGGCGGGCCGAGCAUGCAGGGAGUGGACGCGGCUGUGCUGGAAAUGGCGCGGCCGUUCCUCACAGGCAACCCUGACGCGGACGCGGACAUCGUAAAGUUCUAUGAGGCCAAAGCCAAGCUGAUGCAGAAGCUGAGCGCUGGGUAGAGACUUGAGAGUGGUGUCGCCACAGCCGCCGCCGCUGAGAGCUGUGGACGCAAGUGAUGUGGCCGGCUUGCAGGUGCCUUGUGCUAUGAGGCGCCUCAAAAUUUAUUGUGUGCAUGUUGCGGGUCAGGAGAUUGGCGGUGAGAGCGACGCGGUUUUGAGUCAAAGAGAAGGGGUCUGGACUCUGGAGCAAGGUCUGGAGGCCCUCAGGGAGCGGAGUCCGUCGAAACGGCGCUUUGUACCGCACAAAGACACAACCCCCGCCCGCCACUGCCUCGUGUACAAGCCUUCCUGUGCUCUUGUGCACUUGCAGUCUUCAAGAGUCAUUACCAACUAUUAACAGAAGGCCGGGCGUGUCGCAUGCAUAGGAAGUCUCGGUGCCGCCCGUCACGUAAUGU